AGGAUUUAUCGUCCACAGAAGCCAUAGUAGACAGUUUAUAAUCUGUCCUCCUCAGGUAUAUGGCUUUAGAUGAGAAUUUCAAACUUCUUUUAUGGACUAUGGCAUGGUAAAACGGCAUUCCAACAAUGUGUGGGGAAUAUACUGAAACUGCUGGACGAUUUCGAAGAAAUUCAGCGGGCUCUGUGAACGAGUGAGACAUGGACAACUCUGUCACUCUGUGGCAGUUCCUCCUUCAGCUUCUACUGGAUUCCAACAAUGAGCAACUCAUCUGCUGGACCAAUGAGGAAGGGGAGUUCAAACUGCUGCAGGCCGAGGAGGUGGCCCGGCUGUGGGGAGCGCGUAAAAACAAGCCAAAUAUGAAUUAUGACAAACUCAGCAGAGCCCUCCGAUACUAUUACGAUAAGAACAUCAUAAAGAAGGUGAAUGGUCAGAAGUUUGUUUAUCGCUUUGUAUCAUAUCCUGACAUCCUUAAAGGUGAUGGUGCCAUGAGAACAGAAGGAGCGGACACAGCUGUGGGGAGCAUCACAUCACUUUCCAAAAAGAACGAUAGCACUGCACAGGAGGUCGACAUAACUGACAGAAACAAGGCAUCGGUGGGCUCUAGUGCUCUGGCCUCAAGCACCAAGCAGUCAAACCGUAAUGACUAUAUUCACUCAGGCCUGUACACAUCCUUUACUCUCAACUCACUGCAAAAUCGUUGCCAGCUUUUUAAGUCCAUCAAAAUAGAGAAUCCGGCCGAGAAAAUGUCAGAGAAGAGGGGACAGAGCACAGCAUCCCCCUGCCAGGAUGCCUUAUCCCCACCACAGCAACACACCCCUGUCUUGCCCUCUGUCAUCAAGUUUGGAAACACGCCACCAAAGCAGUCACCAGGACCACCCCCUGAGGUUGCCAUAGAGACAACCCUGAUGUCCACCCAAAUGGACCCACUCCAGGUUCCACUGCCCAGACAGGAGGACAUCAGCGUACACUCCUCCAUGCCCCAACAGCCUGUCUAUACAUUUGAACAGAUGCGACCAGCGGACCCUCAGUUUAACAUCCCCGACCUGAGCACAACAAGCCCCUCUCCCAACCUGGUGGUGGAGUCCUCUCAAGAGCUGGUCAUCGACACGGACAUAGAUUCAGGGUCCUCCCACCAGGCAGACUCCCAGUCCUUGGAGUGCACCAUAAACCAGGCAGAGAAGGUGGACAACAGCGGAGCUGAGAGCACAGAUGAGCACAUCCCAGUAGAAAUAGACUCAGUGAGCAGCAUCAGCACAGUUGCCACUCAGAGCUCAGGAAAGGCCCGGAAGCCACCCAAAAUCUUGCAAAUAAGCCCGCCCACUCUGCUCGUUACCGCCUCAGAUUUCUCCCCUAUGAACCUCUGCAGCCCCUCUCUACCCACCGCAUCGCUCACACCAGCAAUGCUACAGACUCCCACCCUGCUGCUGACCCCAAGCCCUCUUCUGUCCAACAUUCACUUCUGGAGCACACUCAGUCCAGUUGCUCCUUUGAGUCCUGCCACACGGCGCCAAGGAGCCCACCUAUUCCAAUUCCCCUCUGUGCUCACCCCUUCGUUCCAGAUCCCCGUUCACAGCCUGGAUGGGACCAACACUCCAGGCCCUAUCUCUCCAGACCCUCAGAAGACAUGAACCAGCUUAACCCAACCAAACCAGAGCUGUGUGCGCCUCAUUCCACGGGACACUGGUGCUCUACACACUACACACUAUCUGAAUCUUUGCAAAUGCACACAUCUCACAGUUGGAUGCUACUAGUUUCUGUAUGAACAGUUUCUGUGGAUCGAUGUCUGGACUUCAGAAGACCCAGACAAUAAAGAACAAUGUGAGAGGAUUUUUAUGGCAACUGCUGGACAUUAAGCAUCUUUCCUUUUUAUAUUGUUCCUGUUGCUGCCAAAAACACACCUUGUAAAAUCGUAGCCACUUUUGUGCUUUUUUAAUUUAAAGGGUAUAGAUGCACCCUUAUGAUCUGCAUGCUUAUCUAUAGACCUUUUAAUUACUUUCUGCCCCCUACGUUAAGCCUUCUCUGCUGCUCUUUAAGGCGAUAGCCAUACCAAACCUUAACUGUCUUAUCGUGACACAUGGCCAUGAACCAUGCUUCUCCUAUGCCAAUCAUUUCAGCCCAAUCUUUAGAUAAGAGUAGGAAAGACCAGAAAGCAUUUGUCAUUGUACCAGAGGAAUGUAAAUGCAUGUAUUACAGAGAAGCCAUAGUUUUUAUCUGCAGGCAACAUGUAGUCUAAGAAUCGUCAAGUUUAACGUACUUUAUUUAAAGCUUCAAUCCAACCCCAAGUUCCACUAAGUGGACUUGUGUAAUAGGUUAAGUCGGAAGAAUAGUAUUGACCUCAGAUAAACAAAACAUGCAGUAACCAUGACUGUCAGUAGACUACUGUAAACUUCAAAUGAUAAGGUCACUUUGCAUUAGUGCAGUACUCAAGUACUUACAGAAAUGCAUUUAAACAUUCCAAUACGAAUCAAACCUUAUUUUUAAAAUUUCACUUGAUGGAGACAGGCCUUAGAAGCCAGUCAACUUUCAACCUUUUUAAAAUAUGAUAGACCUUUUAGAGCCAUGUAUGUGUUUUGCACACAAAAUUAUAGAACGGUUUAGUGACAGAAGUAAUAGACAGAUGUUUUUUUCAUUAGCCUUCUAUCAGCAGGAAAGUUGUGAUGAUUUUUGAAAUGAUUUUUGAAGCCAUAAGAGGGAGGCUGCAGCAUCUAUGCUAUAGAAUAUACCAAUUAAUGUUUACAUGAAACUUGGAGUGUAAUGCCAAGUCCUUACCCAGGGAUGAAUGACCAGCCAAUUGCUAAUCAACCACGACAUUGCCCCUUUGGAGCCAAAAGUCACAGUACAUUGUGCCUUACCAUAGCCAUGCCCACCUCUAUCAGUAGAAAAUGUGAUUUACAUGUAAACAGCAUCUCUGCAAAGGUCUAUGAUCCUUGAUUCACUUUUGAUGCUUUGGUGCAAAACCUCAAAGUGUGCACUGUAUGUGCUGUGCAUCUUUGGGAUGCAAUCUAUAUUUCAUUUACCGCCACAGUUGUGGAGGUCUUUUCAAACACCAGUGAACUAAAACAUAAUUUGCUUAGACACAUUAAUCUUUUGUUCUCAUACCUAUCGUACAUCUAUAGUUAACGCUAUACAUAAUGUUCUGAUUGAUAAUUGCCAGUUGCCUGUCUUUGUUCCUCUGUUCGUUGAAUAGAUUUCUGUUAGAUGGAAGUCUGAUUAUGUUUUAGUGCCUAGGUGUUCAGACAAUUUGCAUACUUUGUACUUGGCAUUGUGGGAAAUAUGCACAGCAUGUAAAAUGUUUCACCUUUAAAGGUGGCAGCCACGUCUCUUUCCAGCCAGCUCCUAAAUGUUUGUGAUAACUUGUGAUAAAGUGUAUAAAUAUCAAUAUAUCUAUAAUAAUCUUUUAAUCAUUUAUGUGUAAUGCUUUUCUUGUAAUGCCAUUAGAGUUUUGAGAUUAAUUUCUAUUUUUGUAAUGAACAUAUAGUUAGAUUAGUUAGUUAUUUUGGGUUGUCUGAUCUCAUGCUUUAGUUGUGCAUGUUUGUUUUAUGACAAGUUCUCUGAGGAGUGGCUGCGCUGUGGGAAAUCAAAGCCUUAUGGGACAUUCAGAAUCUAUGUUUUGUAUGUAAUGUGUUUUGAUAUUCUGUGUCAAUAUUGUAAAAGCAGAUGUUGUGAUAUGACGUUUGCACUCUUUUGGGGUUCCUGUAACAAUUUGAUUCACUCUUUUUGCAAUUCAAAUGUUUGAUAAAAUGUGUGUAUAUUUUCCCAAAGGGGGAUAAUGCCUAGCACUUAGUAUUUUUUGUAAAAAAAAAAAUAUAUAUAUAUAUAUAUAUAUAUAUAUUCAACCUGUGUGUGUGUUUAAUAACAUACAGACUUUGUAAUCAGGCACUAUGCUGCAAAGUAAUCAAAGUUUAUUCAGGAUGAGUCCAAUAUAAUUGGCAGCUCUUAUUUUUUCUUAUUAUUUUAAAAUGUAUUAUAGGAAAUAAUAUAGGAAUAAUGAACCCAUAGCCUUUUUAAUGCAACAAACAGUCUUCUACAGUUUCUGUUGGACAGGUUGUGGUUAAAUAUAUAUUAAAAAUCAUCAUGAUUUAUUCAUAAUUUGUUCAAGUAUAUGAACAGUGGGAAAUAUUACUAAAUCUUUGUAAGGGGCUCCUCAUUUCCUCUGUCAUUUGUAUCUUGUUCCUCUUUGACCUCAUCUUGACAUGUAAAAACUUAUUUGUUGCUUGGUUUAAAAUGUUCUCUGUUUAAUGCUUUUUCCAAAUGUUUACAUGCUGCUUGUCUUAAGUGGCAUUUUGGUGUAGGAGAAGAGACCAACAAUAAAACAUAUCUAACUCUA